GCCUGCUUUUCUGAGUGGAAGGCUGCCGUCAUCCCUCAUUAAUGGUAGAGUAGGACAAGCAGUGCCCAGACCUGCAAGCUUGCCAUGAGCUAGGAACCCAAGCAAGAACUCAACAUGCCAAUCAAACCUGUUGGGUGGAUAUCUGGGCAGGUGUUGAAGAACUUUUCUGGAAGAAUUGAGGGGAUCCAGAAAGUAAUCAUGGACCUUAUAGAUGAGUUUAAAGAUGAAUUCCCUACCAUCCUAAGAUUAUCACAGUCUAAUCAGAAAAGAGAACCAAUGCAAAAAACAUCCAAGAUCAGAAUGGCUGUUGCUUUAGCCAGGAUCAACCGAGGAACGUUAAUUCAAGGGUUAAACAGCAUAUCCAGUUCCUCCAAAUCAGUUGCCAAACUUCUGCAGCCUCAGCUUACUUGCAGACUUACAGAGUUAAGGGACAUAUCUCAUCGUCUGCUCAAGGAAGUUAAUGCACCAAAGCAACCCCUAUAUAACAUGCAGGUCAGAAAGGGAUCUUUGUUUGAAAUCAUUUCUUUCCCAGCAAAGACUGCUUUAACUGGCAUAAUGUACGCUUCAUAUGCAGCACUCAUUUAUUUGACAGUCUGUGUUAAUGCUGUGCUGGAGAAGGUAAUAAAAAUUUUCCAAGAAGAAGAAUCCAUAAGAGAGGAAAGUGAAAAUUUUAGAAAAGCCUUUUCUGAGCCUGUGCUUUCUGAGCCUCUGUUUCCUGAAGGUAAAAUCAAAGCAAAACCUUACAGGUCAUUACCAGAGAAGCCAGACAAUGUUUCGGAUUGCCCCAAACUUCCUGCUAACAGGUUGACUAAUAAGAUCCAGGUUUUACAUUCUGUGUUUGACCAGUCAAAUGAAAUAAAUGAAUGAGCAAAUCUGAACUUAAAUAUCACUGAACAGAGCUUAAGAGUUAUCUAAUGACAUUUCGUCUGACAAAACUAGGAAACUAGUUUUCAUAUUCUGACUGCUCUUGCUUUGAAAAAAAACAAACAAACAAACGGGGAGGGGGGGACCACUGCUAAAAUGUCAUCCUCAAGUAUUGAUAUGGUAGAGAAAAUAAAAUGAAUCAAUGU